CUGUCACAAGCACAGUCUUCUAACAGUCCUUGCAAAGGAGGUUCAGAAAUCUACUAAAUCAAAAUGAAAUUCUUUGUUGUCUUUGCUGCCGCUUUGGCUGUUGCCUCUGCUGGUCAUUUGCACGCCCCAUUGGCUUAUGCCGCCCAACACCUGCCAGUGAUUGGAGCUAACGGUGUCCCAGUUGACACCCCAGCUGUCCAACAUGCCACUGCUGCUCAUUUGGCCCAUAAGGCUGAAGCUCAUGCCCGCAACGGUGACUACGCUGUCUACGCUCACGCCGCCCCAGUUGUUGCUGCCGCCACUUAUGCCCAUGCUGCCCCAGUUGUUGCUGCCCAUACCUACUCUGCCGCUACCUACGCUCAUGCCGCUCCAGUUGUAGCUCACGCUGCCCCUGUUGUUGCUGCCGCUACCUAUGCUCAUGCUGCCCCAGUUGUUGCUGCUGCCCCAAUUGCUGUAGCUAAGGCUGUCCCAGCUGCCUACCCAACCACUCUUGGAGUCCCAGCCGUUACCUCCAACGGUGUCCCACUUGAAACCCCAGAAGUCGUUGCUGCCAAGUCUAACCACUUCGCCGCUCACGCCGAAGCCGUUGCCCGCAACAGCCCAAUCUACGCUGAAGCCGCCCCAGUCAUUGCUGCCACCUAUGCUGCUGCCCCAGUUGCCGCUUAUGCUGCCGCUCCAGUCGCCACCUACGCCGCUGCUGCCCCAGCUGUGAUCGCUAAGGCCGCUUACGCCGCUGCCCCAGUCGCCGCCUACGCUCAUGCUGCUCCAGUUGUUGCUGCCGCCACCUAUGCUCAUGCUGCUCCAGUCGCCGCCUACGCUGCUCCAUAUGCCGCUUAUGCUUCCCAUGCUGCCUACCCAACCACCCUUGGAGUUCCAGCCGUCACCGCCAACGGUGUCCCACUUGAAACCCCAGAGGUUGUUGCCGCCAAGGCCAACCACUUCGCCGCUCACGCCGAAGCUACCGCCCGCAACGCCUGGGUAGAGCACAGUCAAACAGUCCUAGCUCAUCUAGGAGGUUCACUCAGCAAUACACGUUUAAGCAUGAAAGUUCUGGUUACAUUGGCGUGUGCCCUGGCAGUGGCCAGUGCUGGAUGGGCACCAGCUGGUCCGGUCUUAGGCGGAUACAAAGGACCACAACACGUUCCAGUGAUUCAUGAUGGUGUUCCAGUUGAAACUCCGGAAGUUCAACAUGCCAAAGCAGCUCAUUUUUCGGCAUUAGCUGAGGCGGCAUCUCGUCCAGGAUAUCAGGCUCUUGAACCAUCACCACAUGAAGAGUACAGCGGAAAUCAACACGGUGGAGGUCAUGCUGGUUAUUCUUUCCAUUCCCAACAUAACCCAGCUCCAGUUCAUCAUGCCCCAGCUCCAGUUCACUACGCCCCAGCGCCAGUCCACCAUGCUCCGGCGCCAGUUCACCACGCUCCUGUAAACUAUGCGCCCAAGGCCCAUAUUCAUCCUGCCUAUGAAACCAGUAACGUUCUCCCAGCAAUUGCUCAUGACGGUAGCCCCUUGGACACACCUGAAGUUGAACAGGCCAAGCACCACCAUUUCGCUGAAUUCUCCAAGGCCCUUGCCGCUACCGCACCACAUCAACCAGAAGAACCCCAACAGCAUUACCACAGCCAACCAGCUCAUCACUACCGCCGUCGUCGUGGCCUUUACUCCGCACACAUCCCCGUCAUCAACCACCAUGGUGUCCCAGUUGAACCCGUCGAAGUCCAGCAUGCACGCGCUGCUCACCUCGCCGCUUACCACGCGCCAGCUCAUGGAUACUCUACCCACCAAGUACAUGCCCCAGUCUACGGCCAUCACUACGAGCACUGGAUCCCCAAGUACGACCAUCACGGCCGUCCUCUUGACACCGCCGAGGUUGAGCACGCCAAACAAGCGCAUUUCCACGCUUUCCACGAAGCCGCCGCUCGUAACUCUGUCCACGGUUACGCCGGUGGAUGGAGCCACGGUGUGCCCCAUGACACCCCCGAGGUCGCUCACGCCAAAGCAGCGCAUUUCGCUGCUCACGCCGCUGCCAAGGGCCACCAUUACUGAGUAUUAAUAUACAACCCAUUUUGUGAUCUACCAGAACUUUCAUUCUAGACUGUUAUGGCUCGGAGUUUUCGACACCAAGUGCCGAAUAGCCGAUGUCGAAAAGCUAUUAUUAUUAUAUACUUAUAUUUUUUCACUUUGUGUACGUAAACAUAAUAUG